CGAGCGGCCGUCCCGGCGCUGACUGCGGACCCGGGAGGCCUGGAGGCCGGAGGGUGGAUAUGCCGGGGGUCGUUCACAUCCUCUCCCUGCUGCUGGUGCCGCUGAUGCUGGGCUCUGGGGGUGGCUUGAAAGCGGAGCUGACCUGGACACCUGUCCUUGGCCACUGUCCUUUCUAAGGAACUCGCCUUCCAGAGCCCACCUGCACAAAACUGGCAGGGGGACCCUCUUAGGAGCAGAGGUGAUGGCGAUCUUCAGGCAGCUGUCCCUGGGCGCCAAGGCUGCCCUGGCUGCUGGCACUGUCUUCGUGUCCAUGGUGGUCUCCCGUUCCUACCUGGCAGAGAGCCUUGAGCUCAGGGCUUGGCGGUGGCUGUUCCGCCUGCAGCUCGCCCUGUUUGCCAACUCGCUAAUGCUUCUCGGCUCCCUCUACAUCUGGCGUAGCGCCAUCAGCAACCUCAGCCAGUCCCCGGCCGCCGAGUCAACCUGUUUCCAGCUCUGGAAGGUGGCUGUCAUUGCAUUCUUGGCCCUGGCCCAUUCCAGUUUCUUCACCAUGCUCUUUUUAGUGGCUGAGGAGCCCUACCUCUUUUCCCUGGCUGCCUACUCCUGCCUGGGGGCAUACAUCAUCAUGGUCUUCUUCCUCUGUACCCUCAGUGGCAUGGAGCAGGCCUACCAGCUCCUGGCCUGGCGCGCGGGCAGGGUCGUGGGCAGCCUCGACAGGACAAGGAAGCUGGCCCUCAGGCCGGCGCUGGCAGUGGUGGUGACCGCUGUGCUCAGCGUGGUGGGGCUGCUAAAUGCCGCCCAGCCCCCAGCUGUGAAAACCGUGGACGUGCCCAUCCACCAGCUGCCCCCCACCAUGGACAACCUCAAGAUCGUGCUCCUCUCGGACAUCCACCUGGGCCCCACGGUGGGCAGGACCAAGAUGGAGAUGUUUGUGAACAUGGUGAACAUGCUGGACCCAGAUGUCACAGUGAUCGUGGGUGACCUGUGUGAUUCCGAAGCCUCUGUCCUCCGCACGGCUGUUGCUCCUCUGGGCCAGCUUCAUUCCCGCCUCGGCACAUACUUCGUCACGGGGAAUCACGAAUACUACACGUCAGAUGUCAGCAACUGGUUUGCGCUGCUGGAAUCCCUGAAUGUCAGGCCCCUCCACAAUGAGAACGUGAAGAUUUCUGCCACCCGGGCGCAGGGUGUCGGCGGUAAGGAUGACGACUGGAUCUGCUUGGCUGGGGUGGAUGACAUCGAAGCGGACAUCCUACACUACUCUGGCCAUGGCAUGGACCUUGAGAAGGCCCUGGGGGGCUGCAGCCCAGACCAUGCCACCAUCUUGCUAGCUCACCAGCCCCUGGCUGCCAAGAGCCUGCAGGCUCGGCCAGAUAUUAACUUGAUCCUUUCUGGGCACACGCAUGCUGGGCAGAUCUUUCCCUUGAACGUGGCAGCCUAUCUCCUGAACCCCUUCUUUGCUGGUCUCUACCAAGUGGCGCAGACUACGUUUGUGUAUGUGAGCCCAGGCACCGCCUACUAUGGGAUACCCAUGCGGCUGGGCAGCAGGGCAGAGAUUACUGAGAUCAUCCUCCGGCGGGCACCCUAAACCCCCCUGCCAUACCUGCCUGCUCAUCGCCCUUGCCCUCCAUCUCCAUCCCUCUGCCGGGCAGGCUGCCUGCUUUACCCCCUCCAGCCUCUCCUGCCAACACAUGCUUGUCACGAGCCUGGCUUGCACCGGGAUUUGUGGUGGGGCUGCCUGGCAAGUCCAGGCAGUUUAACUGUAGAUGGCCAUCUGCUUUUUUAUAUGCACUGGUGAGGCCACUAAAGGCACUCAAGUGAGAACAGGUGUCUGUUUUCCAGAUGAUAUGGAGUAAGCCUCUGCAGAACUUCAUUUUGGGGGUUGAACCAAAAUAGGGCUGUGGCUUGAAAGGGAUGCCUCUGGAAAGUGGAGUAGGAAGAGGACUCUUGGCCUUUUAAAAUCCUCUUUAGGAUUUUAGCAGUUUCUAGAAUCAUCAAUCCAGAGCUUUCUGGGGAAGAGGCAGUAUUGCUAGAUAAUCUGGGAGAACUGGCGAGACAGAGGCCCUCUGGCUUUCUUUUCCCCUUUGAUUCUAUCAGAGUCACCUUUACUGAGAGCAUUUACCAGUCACUGGCUGGAAUACAGGGCUCAUCCUGUUCCUGGCCUUGAGCCCUGCUGUCUGACUGGUUCUGCUCCUGGCCGUUGGGAUGGGAGAGGGGGUGGAAGGAUGCAAGCACCUGUAGGUGAAGGUCACAGUGCAGCUGCCUAGAAAUUCAGAGGGUGUUUGCCUCCCUUGACACCUUUUGUGCAACACGGGGAUGAAGUGAAUAGGGACAGGCCACUUUCUUCUCCUGAGAGAUGGGGAAACAGGCAAAGAGAGGUGGAGCACUGGCUGCCUGACAAGGGAUGUGGGAGAUUCUGAGCCAGAAGCCAGAUUUUCUACCUCCCAACAAAAGUGUUCUUCCCACGGGCUGAUGGUUAAGUAGCUACACCCUUAUAGGUGAGAAUAGGAUUCAAACACAAGUAACAGUGUAAAGAUGACAAACGGGCUUGAAUCCGAAGUUCCUUUCAAAGUGGUCUGCUUAAGGCUGAGUUCAGUCACCAUAACUAUGUGGGCUGGGCCCAGAGAGGGGUUGCGGUUGGCCAGUUUCAGUGUGGGAGGAACAGUCCAAAAAGUGGAGUGCCCGCCCUCCACCCCAGUUUUUUAUCUGAUUUGGACGUUUGCUCCCUCCCAGUGGGGGGGUGGGAGAUGGACUGAGCUUUGCAUGGGGAGUGUCAGGGCUCUGGGCUCCGGUGGCCCCGAUGCUUUCCCUCCUGUGGGGCCCUGGCUGUGGGGGGCUGGGCUGUCCUUCCUGCUGUGUGGCUCACUGCCUCCCCCGCCUCUGCAAGCCCAACCCCAUUAGAACUGUUCUGAGGCUCUGGCCAUCCCUACGCUGGACCCACAGAAAAAGGCAGGAGUUACUGUGUCUGGAGCAGCCCAUCACCCACUGGCCAGCCCCUGGGUCAGAGGCAAGGGCCUCUUUGACACUAGGGGAGCAAUAAGGCCUGGGAAUCUUUCUUCAAGAGGGAGCUCUUACCUGGAGGAGCACACCCUUCUGCUCCCUUGUCAGGAAGCAGACUUGACCUCACAAAUCCUGAAAUUGAGAUAAUUAUCCUAUCUACCUCAAGAUGUUUCUUGGGGAGGGUAUUAAGAUAUGGCACAAAGUUGGCAGUGGCACUGUCUCAAGUCAGCACUUGAUGUUGCUAAUUUUUAAACAUCUCAUGGGACAUGCAAAGGGGUUAUUUUGGUCACAGAUGCCCAGAAACUUUAUGGAGCAUCCAGUCCUGUGGAUUGGGUGAUUUGUCAAAGCAGCAACUACUGGGGUUUGCUCCCCUCUGCCCAUGUUAAUGUCUUCCCGUGCAUGCUUGGCUUGGCCAGGACGGGCUUCUUCCUUUUCUUCCUUGUCCUGUUGCUCAGUGGAACCCUGGGGAACCCUGGAGAUCACCUUUCUUGUGUUCAGGCAGCUGAAGUGUUGACAGCAGGCCUUCCAGUCAAGUUUAAAAUAUGUCUUCAGGAAUUCUCGUCAUGGCUGAGUGGUUAACAAAUCCAACUAGGAACCAUGAGGUUGCGGGUUCCCCUGGCCCUGCUCAGUGGGUUAAGGAUCCGGCGUUGCCGUGAGCUAUGGUAUAGGUUGCAGACGCAGCUCGGAUCCCGCGUUGCUGUGGCUGUGGUAUAGGCCAGUGGCUACAGCUCUGAUUAGACCCCUAGCCUGGGAACCUCCAUAUGCCUCGGGUGCAGCCCUAGAAAAAGAUUUUUAAAAAAUAAUAAAAUGAAAAAGUAAAAUAUGUCUUCAAGUUGAGAUUUCAGUGGUUCUCUUAUGAUUACUGUUUAACCAUCCUUACAGCCAGGAAUAAAUUUGGAGAAAAACUUAGAACCAAGGAAGGGACCCUGGAGAGCCUCUCUAUGAACACAUUCUACAGAUGGUGCAGUUACAGAGCCCAGCUCUGCUCAGGCUCCCUGCCUCUCCACUUCAGGAAGGUUGCUCUUCCAAACCCUCUCACUUUCUUGUGACCCUAGUGGGGCUCCCCGGCUUCCAGCUUCCUUUUGGGGGGACCCCCCCCGCCCCCGCCAGUCUACGCAGAGUUGUGCCAUUUGUUUCCCACCCUUCAGUGCAAGGGGUCCUGUGUGUCUCUCCUGCUCUACCAGCUAUUAUUUCCCUGGUGUCUUGAUUUGGAAUCUUUCUCUUCA